AUGGAUCAUCUCUUUGAGGAUCAUUUUUUCGAGGAUCACGUAAGUAUCACGUGUUCUUGUGAUGUUGAAUAUUGUAUCCUUACCCCUACUAGUGCACAAGAAAGCAACCCAUCACUUCCUAAUAAACUCGAAAUUCAGUUGCUGUGCCUCCAUGAUCAAAUUGAAGAUGGUACGGCCGUAACUGUGUCUAGUCAAUUCAAUGCGGGUAUGGAUGUGAUUAAGAAUUUUAAAUCGUACAAUUUAGUUAGAGGCACAAUAGAUAAUAUGCUUUUGGAUUUCAAAGCUCCGUCGUGCUGUUGUGAUUUCCUGACCGAUUGUGUUUUGGACUCCGCAUCAUAUAUUCCAGAAAUAGUAGGUGGUUCGUUUCUCCUUACUGCAUCUGUGAAGAUUACUAUGGUAGAGAAUUUGGAUGAUCCGAUUCAUGCUGGUAUAACUGAGUCAAUGGAGGAAGACUGUGUAAGAAGGAUUCCUGCAUCAAAAUCGUUUAUUGAUGGAUUGAAGAAACAGGAAUACAGACAUAACAACAGAGACAGUAACGCUACCACUAGUUGUGCAGUAUGCUUGGAACAAAUUCUAGAUGGAUCCGUGAUAAGCAACAUGCCGUGCUUGCAUAUGUUUCAUUCUGCCUGUCUGGUUACCUGGUUGCAUGAAAGAAACUCUUGCCCCUUAUGUCGACGUCAGGUGGAUCCAGCAGAGUAG